GUAUUUUUAAUUCCAACUAGCAUACAUGUCAAGUACAGAACAUCAUUCAGGCUACGAAAGUUUUACAAAAUUCUAGUUAGUGGUUGUUUCAGGGUAAAAUGCCACCGAAAAAGAAGCACAAGAUUGUCGAUUGGGGUGACGAUGAACACUUUUCGAAGGACCGCAGCAUUUUCUUCAUCGAGCACAGCACCGAGUGUCCCAUAUUCCAGGUCAAGGCCGACGAGUGCUUGACCUUUUUCCAGCAACGCAUACCGGAGCGCGAGUUCCAGCUGGUGCGCAACAAGAAUGGCAAGCAAGUGCCUCGCGACGGAGCCUUUGAGGUGUGUGUUGCCCAGAAUGCUCGCACCUCGGAGCACGUUCUGUGGUCCGGUUUGGCCAAGGGACCGCCGAGGCGGGAUAAAUUUCCCCGCUACGAGGAGCUGGUGUCCGAUGUGCAUCGUGUGCUAAAGAAAUUCUACCCGGACAAGGCUGUGGGCUUCGAUGAUGAUGAGGAUGCGGAGAUGUAACUGGUUCAUUACCGUUUACAGUUUGUCAUAAAGGCAAAUGAACAGUGACAGCCACACAAUGGCAACCUAAGGCAGGGGCAUUAUAACGCAUGAAUUAUUUGGUAUUUUCAUAGCCAUCAUAUUUCCAUAACAAUGCGGCAAGAAAGCAAAGCUAA